ACAAAUACAGUCAAUAUAGUGCGUGUAAUGUUGUCUCAAUAAAAAACAUGAAAAACGAAUAAAUUAAAAACCUCAAUUACAGUUUAUCGUUACCUCAUCGGCCAAAUCAGUCGUUAUUUAUAAAUUCGUAGCAUCUGUCGCAUACGUGACCACAGAAUUCGAGGACGUUGAUAUUGCUACUGAGCAUUGAGCGUAUUUUUCGCUCUGUCAAGUGAUAUUACGCCUCAAUUAGUCUGAAUUUUAGUGAAGAAAAAGGGGAGAUGUUAAUUAAUGAAUCCUUCAAAUAAUUCCCUUCCUCAUAAAUGUUUUAAAUUCCAUUCGAUCGCUAUUUCGCGAGUAUUUCCUCGAGGUUUUAAUAAUCAAGAAAACGGAGUGACAGGUGCUCAGCUGACGCCCCAAACAUCAACAAUUUAGUCUAAAAAAAUUGUAAGUCGAUAUUUACGUGAAUGUUUGGGGGAAAAUUUGGUUGAUUGUUCUGAGGUAGAAAGCAAUGGAGCCUGCGGCACCGCAAAAUCCACCGCAGCAGAAUAUACCUACUGGAAAUAGUGGAGAUAACGGCGACAAUGUUGGAAGCUGUCUGUUGCUCCGCUACGCCAGUCAAAAUUCACUGGACGAGAGCUCACAAAAACAUAUCCCGAGGGAGAGUGGCAAGGACAAACCACCUUACAGAAAUCAUCAUCAUACAAAUCGUGCUUUCGAUGUGAUAAAUGCAAUGAGAAAACAAAAUUUACUAUGCGACGUAAUCUUGGAGGCCGACGGUGGGGUAGACGUGCCAGCCCACAAAAUGGUACUUGCAGCAUGCAGUCCAUAUUUCUACGCAAUGUUCACAAGUUUUGAGGAGCGCGAUCAGCGUCGAAUAAAGCUCCAAGGUGUCGACUACGCGGCCUUGGAAUUACUAGUUGAUUAUGUAUACACGGCCGAGGUGCACGUCACUGAGGAGAACGUACAGGUUUUACUCCCAGCAGCGAAUCUACUGCAGCUGACUGAUGUGAGGGAUGCAUGCUGUGAUUUCCUCCAAGCACAACUGCAUCCGUCAAACUGUCUGGGAAUUCGAGCGUUUGCUGAUCUCCAUGGAUGCUUGGAGCUGCUGGCACAUGCUGACAGUUAUAUAGAACAGCAUUUUUCAGAAGUAGUGGAAGGUGAAGAAUUCCUGACUCUGGCGCCUCAACAAGUGGCUAAAUUGAUCUGCAGUGAUAGAUUGACAGUGCCAUCCGAGGAAAAAGUAUUCGAAUGUGUUAUUUCCUGGGUCCACUCCGACAUGGAAACACGCCAGAGUCACUUGGCCCAGCUGAUGGAGCACGUCAGACUGCCUUUACUCUCCCAGGAAUACUUGGUGCAGCGGGUAGAGGAAGAACCCCUUCUCAAAGCUAAUUUGCAAUGCAAAGAUUUCCUGAUCGAGGCAUUGAAGUAUCAUCUGCUGAAGGGGGAACAGAAGUCUCUAUUCAAAACCCCAAGGACUAAGCCCAGACAGCCAAGGGGAUUGCCCAAAGUUCUCCUGGUUGUUGGGGGACAGGCACCAAAGGCAAUCAGAAGUGUCGAGUGCUAUGAUUUCAAAGAGGAAAAAUGGUAUCAAGUGGCUGAACUGCCGACACGUAGAUGUCGAGCUGGUUUAUCAGUCCUAGCAGGUCGUGUUUAUGCAGUGGGAGGGUUCAACGGUUCCUUGCGAGUCCGCACAGUCGACGUUUACGAUGGAGCAGCUGAUCAGUGGUCAGCGUGUGCCGGUAUGGAGGCAAGACGUUCAACACUGGGUGUAGCAGUCCUCGGUAACUGUAUUUACGCAGUGGGCGGUUUUGACGGCACCAGUGGCCUCAAUUCAGCUGAAGUUUACGACCCAAGGACCCACGAGUGGCGAAUGAUAUCGCCGAUGUUGACGCGACGAAGUUCAGUUGGUGUUGGAGUUGUUAAAGGACUUCUCUACGCUGUCGGGGGGUAUGAUGGAGUUUCUCGACAGUGUCUAUCCAGUGUUGAGUGCUAUAAUCCAGAGAAGGAUAAGUGGAAACCAGUAGCUGAGAUGUCAGCGAGGAGGAGUGGGGCUGGAGUUGGGGUUCUCGAUGGGAUACUUUAUGCUGUUGGUGGACAUGAUGGACCACUUGUCAGAAAAAGCGUUGAGGCGUACAAUCCAGAGACUAAUCAAUGGUCAUCCAUUGCUGAUAUGGCCCUAUGUCGACGAAAUGCUGGUGUGGUAACUCUGAACAGUCUCCUGUACGUAGUAGGGGGUGACGAUGGCACCUCAAACCUGUCCUCAGUGGAGGUCUACUCACCCCGAACAAACACCUGGACAACCCUCCCCAGCUCGAUGUCCAUCGGUCGUAGUUACGCCGGUGUCGCUAUAAUCGACAAGCCCCAAUUGCCCGCGUCAUCAAUAUGAGGUUUGCAAACCGCUGGGCACCCCAAAGAUCCCCAGCCCGGACCACCAGAAGAGACCCCAGGUGAGUCCGUGCCCAGCGGUCCCAACUCUCAGAAUCACGAUUCAAACCACCCACGCCACAACUGCGAGGGUCCCCGAUGUGUCUGUCAGCGCUACGAGAACGGUGAGCUAGUGGUUGCCACCAUGAACAACAGAAACCCAGAGCCCGAGAACAAUUACCAAAACCCCCGAAACCACCAAAGGAUCUACCAGAAUCGUCCGCCAAACCUCAACCCCCACUACCAGAAUCCGGUGGAUCUAGUCCACAAUUACAAUCAAUCGCGAAGGCAAAACGAACCCGAGGAGAACAUCUACGAACGCCUGGACAAUGACGAGGAGGUGAACGAGAUCCUGGACGUCAGGAGGAACGACCAAAACGAUCACAUGUACGAGAGGAUUGACAAUCGCCCCUGGUCGAGGGGUAACCAAGUCACCAGGAACAUCAAUCCCAUUCUCGCGUUUGAGAGAAACUCGAGAGACAUCUACUUUCAAAACUCAAGCUGCCUCAAUCGUCUGGGAAACUUGUCACGAAAUUGUUUCUCCACUGAUAACGUUGCAAUGGCAACUAAUGGACGUUUUGUCUAUCAAUUUGGCCAGUGCAUGUGUCAAUUUUGUAUGAGAUUGCCUUUCAUAAGGUAUCACAUUUGUCAGCAGUGCAAUUCAUUUAAUUCGGGUAAUUAUGGGGCCAAUUCGAGGCAUUACAUCUAUCAGGUAUCGAGAAAUUGCAGGUGUGCUUUCUGCAGGGGUGAGUAUUCCUACAGAUUUCCGAUUAAUGCAAGAGGUUUGGUGGAGAGCUUGAGGUGCCAGUGCAGAAAUCCCGGAAAUUGCAGCUGCAGGGGUAGACUCUUGUCAUCCUCCAAUUCAGCUAUUUAUAUAGGAAGAAUUGACAGAAUUGGAAGUGUUAAUAAUCCACUUUAUGCUAAUCCCAGUGUUUAUGUGGGGAGAAUUGAGAGGAAUGGCGGGGGCGGGGGGGAGGGGGCGGCUGAGGGUGGAGCGGAGGCGGCUGCUGGGGAGCCUGGACCCUCCGGGGAAGCCAGGGCACAAGCUUCUGCCAAUUCAGUUUGUGAUGUUAGCAAUGUUGUGGAUAGACACACUUGUGAUGACUCUUGCAUCAGGGGUCAGGGGGGAAUUUGUCAGUUUGCUAGGGCUGAGAGGCCCGAGUGCCAUGGGAGGUUCUCGUAUCAUUGGUGGUUUGUCAAUAGGUGGCUACCUGGGUGGGGCUCUGCUGAUAGGGGCACUGAGGGGAGCAGGGGGGAGGAGAGCAGGGAACCCACGGCCAGUGAUAGUGAUGAUUGAAGAGGGGUUAUUGAAAAUUUCUGGUAUGGAAGACAAUACUGGGUUUUGGUUUUACUGAUCUCUCAUUGGGAAAAUUGAAAGUAUUCCAGGAGUGGGGAGGUUUUGACGAAUUAUUUGUAGCUAGAAGGAUCAUUAAUUUAUCAGAGAUUAUGCAAACUUUCUUUAGUCUUUAAUUUUUGGAGUUUGUACAUUGCGUUGAGACAGGGGUGAGUACUCCUACAGAUUUCCCAUUAAAAGUAUUCCAGGGGUGGUGAGGUUUUGAUGAAUUUCUUGUACUUAGUGGGAUCAUUAAUUUAUCGGAGAUUAUGGAAACUUUCUUUAGUCUUUAAUUUUUAGGGUCUGUACAGUGCGUUGAGACGUCAAGAUAAUGGAUUUUUCAUUGGCAUUGAUUUCGAUUGAGAAAUUUUGAAAUUCGGUUUGUCUUGAAUUCGAUCAUUCUUGAAAUCAAUUAUGAACGAAAAGUUUCCACAAUCAUCUGCUGGAAUGAACGUAAGAGUAAUUUGAUCGAUUUGUUCAACUUUCGAACUAAAAAUUAAUUAAAAGUUUUAGAGUUAUUCUGUUUGUAAUUCUUCAAACAUUCCAAUGACUUUUUUUAAUUAUCUGGAAGUGUUUGUCAUUAUUUCGGUGCACAAGAGCUUCCUCAGUACUUUCAAUAACUUGGUAAUAAUCUAUUGGAUUUGAUAUUUGUUGUUUAAUUGUUCGUCAACUAUCGUCUUUCCUGAAUGGAGAAUUGAUUUUAAAUAUUUUUCUCGUUCUUCGUCAUUGUUACGUAAUAUUGACGCCCUGAAGACUGUCCUAGGUUUGAUAAGUUUAGUUUUUAGUCCUGAAAUAAUAAUCCUGAAAUAUCACAGUUACUGUAAGUUGGAAGAACGAAUUGAAAAUGUUUUAAGUAGUAAAACGGAAUAAAAUAGAGGAAAUUAUUAUGACUCCGUAAUUUUUUGGAAAAUGUAAAUGCAAUUUAGUUUAAUUUGUAUUCAGAUAAAUUCGAAAACCUGAUUGACCAGAGAUUUAUCAGUAUAAUUGCAUCGAGAGUGAUUGAUUAAAAGAAAAAUUUAUGAGUGCAAAUUUGUAAAUUGCCUGGCGUCAUCGGAGAAAAUGUAGUACAUAACAAAAAUCUGUGUGAUUGAAAAAUUACAAUUGCCAAAAAAUAUCAUGCAGACAAUAUCAAUGUUCAAUUAUAAGCUUAGAUGCGUGAUAUCAUUAUUAAGUUUUAGUGAUAUUUCCGAUCAAGAAAUUCACAAUAAUAAAAAUCAAAUCACUAAUAUAUUCUUUGUGAGUAAGAGAAGUAUCAGGAUUCAAUAAUUUCCUUUUCACUUAAAUUCUGAAAGCAAGAUCAAAAUAAAAUAGAAAUAUAAUAUAAAGUAAAUUUUGGAAUUUGUGUAUUUUCCUCAGUUUUUGCGGAAACUAUAUUUUCUGUUUUAAUAAAAAAUGAUAUUGUGCUUCAA